AUGAUGACAGAGUUCAUUCAUGUUCUGUAUAAACAACAUUGGCAAGCCACAUUACAACCUGGAAAAAACUGGUCUGCAAAGAGUAGCUGGUCGUUUCUCAGGAGGAGGAAGAUGGAUUUGAAAGGAUUCCUGAUCAGGCCCAGUUUUACAUGUGGAGGAGUUGUAUCUGGAGAGUCCGGCUUUAUUGGAAGUGAAGGAUUUCCUGGAGUCUACCCUCCAAACAGCAAGUGUACUUGGAAAAUCACAGUCCCUGAAGGAAAGGUGGUAGUUCUUUCUUUUAGGUACAUCGACUUGGAAAGUGACAAUCUGUGCAGAUAUGACUUUGUAGAUGUGUAUAACGGCCAUGCCAAUGGACAGCGUCUUGGCAGGUUCUGUGGUACUUUCAAACCAGGUGCCCUUGUUGCCAGUGGCAAUAAGAUGUUGGUGCAAAUGAUUUCAGACGCCAAUACAGCUGGAAAUGGAUACAUUGCCAUGUUUUCUGCAGCAGAACCACAUGAAAGAGGGGACCAGUACUGUGGGGGACGACUAGACAAGUCUUCUGGGUCUUUUCAAACUCCCAACUGGCCUGAUCGAGAUUAUCCAGCAGGAGUGACUUGCUCUUGGCAUAUUGUAGCCCCAAAGAAUCAGGUGAUAGAGUUAAAAUUUGAGAAGUUUGAUGUGGAGAGAGAUAAUUACUGCAGAUAUGACUUUGUGGCAGUGUUUAAUGGUGGGGAAAUCAACGAUGCUAAAAGAAUUGGGAAAUAUUGUGGAGACAGUCCACCUGCGCCUAUUGUAUCUGAACAGAAUGAAUUGCUCAUACAGUUCUUGUCUGAUUUAAGUUUAACUGCCGAUGGCUUUAUUGGUCAUUAUAAAUUCAGACCCAAAAAGUUGCCCACAACUACAGCUCCUCCUCCAACAACUCCUCCUCCUGCAACAACUUUGAAACCAACUGUUGCUCCCUGCCAGCAAAAAUGUAGAAGGAGCAUGAGUCUUGAGAGCAAUUACUGUUCAAGUAACUUUGUAAUAACUGGAACUGUAAUCACAGCAGUCACACGGGGUGGCAGCUUACAUGCAGUAAUAUCAAUCAUUAAUGUAUAUAAAGAAGGAAGUUUAGCAAUCCAACAGGCUGGCAAGAACCUGAGUGUCAAGAUCACUGUUGUUUGUAAACAGUGUCCUUCUAUCAGGAGAGGUUUAAACUACAUCAUCAUGGGCCAGGUGGAAGAAGAUGGCAGAGGCAAAGUCCUGCCUAACAGCUUUGUUAUGGCUUUCAAGACUAAGAACCAAAAGAUUCUGAAUACCCUGAAAAAUAAGCGGUGUUAAAAAGUAAACUCUGCACUUGUGCUCUGUCAUAUUUGUGGGAACAAUUUGUAUACAGUAGAAAUCAAAAAGAUAGAACUGAUCAUUACCAAUAAGAUUCUUGGUCCACUCUUUCUUCCAUUCAGCAUGCCACUGGCACUGGUUGAUGUUGCUUAAAGAAGAACUUAAGAGGAGAACAGUUGCAGCCUGGCCAGCUGAUCUGAAAUGUACCAAAUUCCAAAUACUUUAAAGCAGUUAUUUUAUAUACAUCUCCAAAUUUUUUUUAGAAAUGUGUUACAUGGCAGUGUAAAAUAAGAAUUUUAAGUGCAAUAUUUAUAGCAGUUUUCACUUAGCUUUUUCUUUAAAGUUGUUUUAUUAUAUGGGUUCUUG